AUGGAGGCUGCCCGCGCCGUGCGCUUCCUACUCGUGGUGUACGGCUGCCUCGCGCUCCCGCCGCGGGCCCAGCCCGUGUGCCCAGAGCGGUGCGACUGCCAGCACCCCCAGCACCUCCUGUGCACCAAUAGGGGGCUCCGCGCAGUGCCCAAGACCAGCUCGCUGCCGAGCCCCCAGGACGUGCUCACCUACAGCCUCGGCGGCAACUUCAUAACCAACAUCACGGCCUUCGACUUCCACCGCCUGGGGCAGCUCAGACGGCUGGACCUGCAGUACAACCAGAUUCGCGCUCUGCACCCCAAGACCUUCGAGAAGCUCUCGCGGCUGGAGGAGCUCUACCUGGGGAACAACCUCCUGCAGGCGCUCGUCCCGGGCACUCUGGCCCCGCUGCGCAAGCUGCGCAUCCUCUACGCCAACGGGAACGAGAUCGGCCGCCUAAGCCGCGGCUCCUUCGAGGGCCUGGAGAGUCUGGUCAAGCUGAGGCUGGACGGGAACGCCCUGGGGGCGCUGCCGGACGCGGUCUUCGCCCCCUUGGGCAACUUGCUUUACCUACAUCUGGAGUCCAACCGGAUCCGCUUUCUGGGCAAGAACGCCUUUGCCCAGUUGGGCAAACUGCGCUUCCUCAACCUCUCUGCCAACGAGCUGCAGCCCUCCCUGCGCCAUGCAGCCACCUUCGCACCGCUGCGCUCCCUCUCCACCCUCAUCCUCUCGGCCAACAGCCUCCAGCACCUCGGGCCGCGCGUCUUCCAGCACCUGCCUCGUCUCGGCCUACUCUCCCUCAGGGGCAACCAGCUCUCACACCUCGCGCCGGAGGCCUUUUGGGGGUUGGAGGCCCUACGCGAGCUGCGCCUGGAGGGGAAUCGGCUGAGCCAACUGCCCGUGGAGCUGCUGGAGCCUCUGCACAGCCUGGAGGCGCUGGACCUUAGCGGGAACGCGCUGUCAGCUCUGCACCCCACUACCUUUGGCCACCUGGGCCGGCUGCGCGAGCUCAGCCUGCGCGACAACGCGCUCAGCGCUCUCUCCGGGGACAUCUUCGCUGCCAGCCCGGCCCUCUACCGGCUGGAUCUAGACGGCAAUGGCUGGACCUGCGACUGCCGUCUGCGGGGCCUGAAGCGCUGGAUGGGCGACUGGCACUCACAAGGCCGUCUUCUCACGGUCUUCGUGCAGUGUCGCCACCCCCCGGCCUUGCGGGGCAAGUACCUGGAUUACCUGGAUGACCAGCAGCUGCAGAACGGGUCUUGUGCGAGUCCCUCGUCCUCAGUUUCCCCGACCGUGGAAGGGCUGCGGAGGCCCUUGCCCACAGCCGCCGGGGAGGAGGUGGCGCCCCCUGCAGGUGGCCUCGCGGAGGAGCUGCCGCCGCAGCCGCAGCCGCAGCCACAGCAGCGCGGGCGAUUUCUGCCUGGGGUGGUCUGGGAUGGGGCCGCCAGGGAGCUUUUGGGCAACCGCAGCGCUCUGAGGCUGAGCCGACGGGGCCCGGGCCUCCAGCAGCCGGGCCCCUCCGCCGCUGCUGCCGCGGACCCGGCGCCACACCCUCUGGACCUGCUUCAGAAGCCCGAACGGGGACCUCCGACUCCUGCAGAUGCUGCCCAUGCGGAGCCCACCCCGACGGCCGCACCCGUCUCUGCGCCAUCGUCCGCUGGCGACCCCUGGCAGCGCGCGGCAAAGCAGCGUCUGGCAGCGCAGCAGCAGGAGAGCACCGCCCAGUCCGACGGCGGGGUCGGCCUGCCGCCGCUGGUGUCUGACCCGUGCGACUUCAACAAGUUCAUCCUGUGCAACCUGACGGUGGAGGCGGUGGGCGCCGACAGCGCCUCGGUGCGCUGGGCCGUGCGCCAGCACCGCAGCCCCCCGCCGCUGGGCGGCGCGCGCUUUCGUCUGCUCUUCGACCGCUUUGGCCAGCAGCCUAAGUUCCACCGCUUUGUCUACCUGCCAGAGCGCAGCGACUCGGCCACAUUGCGCGAGCUGCGCGGAGACACACCCUACCUGGUGUGCGUCGAGGGGGUCCUCGGGGGUCGGGUCUGCCCGGUGGCCCCCCGUGACCAUUGCGCUGGGCUGGUCACCCUGCCAGAGCCUGGGAGCCGGAGCAGCGUAGAUUACCAGCUGCUGACCUUGGUCUUGCUGGCCGUCAACGCACUGCUGGUGCUCCUGGCCUUGGCGGCCUGGGCGUCACGCUGGCUGCGGAGGAAGCUGCGGGCUAGGCGGAAGGGUGGGGCCCCUGUGCAUGUUAGACACAUGUAUUCCACCCGACGUCCCCUGCGCUCUAUGGGCACCGGGGUGUCCGCCGACUUCUCUGGAUUCCAGUCCCACCGUCCGCGCACCACCGUGUGUGCUCUCAGCGAGGCGGACCUCAUCGAGUUCCCCUGCGACCGCUUCAUGGACAGCGGCGGCGGCGGCACAGGUGGCAGCUUGAGACGGGAAGAUCAUCUUCUGCAGCGAUUUGCUGACUAG